CGGCGGUGCUCCGGCUGUAUAUAUAGCGGUGCGCCCCCGGACGGCCGCGUCUCUUCCUCAGUCCUCACCGGAACUCACUGGACGCUCUCUCGCGCAGACAUGGCCGUUUGAAGCGCGCGGCGGCUCUCCUUGCGGCGACAACCCGGCAGCGCGAAGGCUAAGCGCACUGGCUCGUUCCGGCAACAUGGCGUCUCUCUCGGCACACAACCACAGCUCUGCUGCCGUGGACCGCGGUACCGAACCCCUCGACCCGCUCACGUUACCGGGCUCCUCGCCUUUGUUUUUAUUCGCCCGCUCACGGUUGACGGCGCCCUGCAGUCAUGACCCUCUCCCAGCUGGCCCUGGAGGACGUGGAGGCCCUGUACUUAGGGCCCUCGUUCCUGAUGGCUGACCCCAUGGGGCCCCUUCUGGACCAAGAUGAAGAAGCUCUCUCUCCCUCCUCCUCUCUGGAGGGCAAGGCGCCAUCUUCGCCCCCCCUCUCUUUCUCCUCCUACGCCUCCUCCCCACCUCGCUCCCCGACGCCCCCCACCCACCCCUCCUUGUUACUGGGCACCAAGGCCGGAGCAGACCCCCUGUCCCUCCCUUGGCUGGUAGCCGGAGACCUCCUCACAGCCCACAUCGGAGCGGACGACGAUGAUGCUUUUGCGGGCAUGGACUGGAUGUCGGAGAAGAUCAACCUGAGCGAGUUCGACCUGCAGACCCUCAUCGGCUCCUCCGACGAGGGUCUCGGCUCCCCCGAUGACCUCCUGGACUCCGACAUGGAUCUGGACGUGGACUCCUUCGACGCAGCCGUCUCGCUGCCCGGCAUCCCCCCCCUCCCUCUGGUGGACGAGGUGGUUCCUGACCAAGGGGUUGUCUCGGCGUCUGAGCCCCUGUCUCCGGUGGCUCCGCCCUUCACCCAGGAGCUGUGGAGCGACGUCCAGGACGCGGAGAAGCUGCCGCUGUCCCUCUCGGUCGCCAUCCUUCCAGAUCCCAGAGGGAGCCAGCAGCCCGGCGGCCCCGUCGUGCUCUCUCUGCCCACCUUCGUGGUGGUCCUCACCAGCGAGGGCCAGCCCCCCCUCGUGUCCAUCCCCGACCCGUCCGCUACGACUCCUCCGUCGGGCGGCUGCGACAGCGACUCCGGCAUCGAGUCCGCCGCCGGCUCGCCCGCUCGCCUCCUUACUCUGACUGCCGGUUCCUCCAGGACCAAACCCUACUCCAAACCAGAGUCCUCCUCUUCCCCCCCGUCCCCCUCGGCCAAGACCCCCCGGGUCAAAUCGGUGUCCGGCGCCCCCAAGGUGGAGAAGAAGCUGAAGAAGAUGGAGCAGAACAAGACGGCAGCCACUCGCUACCGGCAGAAGAAGCGGGAUGAGCAGGGCCUGCUCGGCUCGGAGUGCGACCAGCUGGAGAAGAGGAACGGCGAGCUGGCGGAGAAGGUGGAGUCCAUCAGCCGGGAGAUCCAGUACCUCAAGGACCUGAUGGAGGAAGUCCGCAAGCGACGCGUCAAGUCCAGCGCAGUGGCGUAGGAUGUGAGGGCGAGCGCAUGAAACGCACCCCGCGAGCAGAGAGGAGUUUAAAGGCGGUGUGCAAAAGAGAAGUCUCUGGAAAGUCGAUGAGAUUGACGUGUUGGGGGAGGGGCUAGGAGGUGGUCAGGUGGUGCAUCUCCCCCUCCCCUUAGCCCCCCCCUCACACAAGCCGUAUUUGUAGUAGCGCCCGUCACUCAACACCUGAUCCCAGUUCAGUUCCUUGUUCUUCACAGCUUCAGUCCAGAAAGAGGCCUCAACCUAUUUAUGAAUUCUCCACGCGACACUCGGUCAACGUGGUGUUUCUGUUUUUGUGUACAUAGUGUUUCUGCUCUUCAGCUUGCCCGUAGUUUUAUUUAAUCCUGGAUUAAACAAACCUGGAUUAAACAAACCUGUACUUUCCUGAGUAGCUCAGCUGUUUUUUGGCUUGUAAAAGAAAAAAGAAUGCUUUGCUCUUUUUCUAAUAAAUAUCGAUCAGAACUCAAA